GAACAACUCACUCCUUUUUACUUGUUCUAAAGGGGUUCUCUUUGGCACCACCCCAUGUCUACCAAUUGCUAUCCUCCCGACCGGUGGUGACCAUGAAAUUUCGAUUGACCUGUUGCGAUGUUUCGAAUCCUCGAGUCGCAGGCGCCGGCCAAACAAACGGCAACGGAUACUAUCAACACUCUCAGCAGUAGACUGCAGAGUGCGACCUUACUGGAAGAUCGGCGGGCAGCUAUACAGGGACUCAGGAGCUUUGCGAAGAUCUAUCCUGCAUCAGUUGCGUCGGGGGCUUUGCGACCGUUGAUUAGCAGCCUGCGAAAUGACCGGGAAGAUGUGGACACGCUCAAAGUGGUCCUCGAGACCUUGUUGAUGCUAUUUUCCCCCGAUGAGAGUAGCCCCGAAGCAUCUGAUGAGAUAGCUCUUUGGCUCUCAGACGAAUUCACCCAGCGACAAGACAAUAUAACUGCACUGCUUGACCUUCUAGAUACCCGGGAUUUUUACUCUCGCCUCUACUCGCUCCAGCUGAUGUUCCAGAUCUCGAGUGCGCGACCGGAAAGAACCCAAGAAUGUAUCUUGACAGCACCUCUCGGUAUUCCUAGGUUGGUUGGUGCUCUGGGAGAUGCCCGGGAGCCCAUACGAAAUGAAUCUUUGCUGCUUCUUAUUGCAUUAACGCCCGCCUCCGAAGAAUUCCAAAAGCUUGUUGCUUUCGAAAAUGCAUUUGAGUCGAUAUUCUCGCUUAUGGAGACUGAGGGGGGGUUGGCACACGGAUCAGAGGUUAUCGAGGACUGUCUUUCGCUGCUUGCCAACCUGUUAAGGCUCAAUAUUCCCAAUCAGUCAUAUUUUCGAGAAAUGGGAUGCAUACAAAAGUUGGCCAAACUUCUUACUGAUGUCAAUAAGGAAGAGGAGAGCGAAGAGCCAACUCCUCAAUGGGCGCUUGCCCACCGGGAUAAGAACAUUUGGGGGUUGCUGGUCAUCAUCCAACUCUUUCUGGUGAAAGGUGGGAUUAACACGCCUACAAACCAAAUGGCUUUCUGGAAUAGCGGCGUCAUGGAACAAGUUCUUAGCACAGCAUUUGGUCAAAGGUUUAAUGUCAAUGUCACCGCCAAGGCUCUAGCGACAUGUGCAGAUUUGAUUCGCGCCAAUACGCCUCUACAAGAGAGAUUUGGAGACGUUGAAGUGUCUUGGGGACCUGGGGAGGCAAGUAAUGGUGUGAACGGCACCAAGACCAAAGCGCUUCCACGGAUCAAUGUGAUCGAAGCGCUGCUCAAAUUGUCGCUUGAACCAGCAUCCAUACAGCUUCUGGAUGCACGUCUUGCAGCUUGUGAAUGUGUUAAAGCCUUCUUUGCAAACCACAACGGAAUUCGCGUCCACGUCUUGGGAAGGGCAAUCAAUGGGCAUGUUAGCGGCCAGGACGAGAUCCCUAACAUCUUGUCCGUCCUGCUCACGCCGCCAGAAUCCCGAGGGAAUGCUGACCCAUACCAAACUUGGAUGGCUUCUGUCCUGAUGUUCCACCUGUCAGUUGCCAUGGGGGUGACGGAGGGCGAUGCUGAUAUAGGCAAUCUGAUUACUGGUAUAAACCGAGGAGACGAUGAGAGGAUAUCACUUGGAUAUUUGAUGCUGCUUUGUGGUUGGUUAUUUGAAGAACCCGACGCGAGCCUAUUACAAGAAACUAAACAUCGAGGUGCCUCGAAUGUCCUCGUUCCUGGACUUUCCACUAUUUUGUUGGGAAUUAUCUAUGAGUUUUCUUCUAAAGACUCCCCGAUCCCCCGGAAGACACUGCAUAAGCUGGAACAGUACAUCGAUCGGAUAACUCGAUUCCGGGAGUCCCCCAUGAUUCGGGAUUUCGAAGUUCUGCCUCAGACAGUAGGCGCAAGCUACGAUGGUGGACUUCCCGACAUCUUCUUCGACAGGAUGUUUGUUGAAUUUCUCAAAGACAACUUUACCCGUCUAAUUCGAGCAAUCGACCGUGAACCCGGACUUGAAAUAUCUGUGAUCACGAAUGGUGUGGAGAGAGGGGUCUCGCGUGAGUUAGGAAAGGGCCAUGAAAUACAGAAGCUUGAGCAUAAAAUCGAGCAUGAGCAAGCUGAGCAUCGGAAAACGAAAGACUCGAGAAACUUGGAGUCCUCGAAAAUGCAGCAGAUGCAUGAAUCUCUUCAAAGACCGUUGAAGGAGCAGCAUAACAAACUCAAGAACGAUUUAUUGAAGCAACAUGGGGAACAGCUCCGGGCCAUUGACACACAGAAGAGCUCAAAGUUUAAAGAGCGUCAUGAGGCCGAGAUCCGGUCACUAGAGUUGGAUCUCAUUAAGACCAAAGAACAACACACAGAUGAGGCUGCGGGCCUGACUAGAAUGAUUGACUCCUUGAAGUUAGACGCUACUAAAGCUAAGGAACAAUACGCAGGUGAGGCUACGGGCCUGGCUCGAAUUAUUGACUCCUUGAAGUCAGACGCUACUAGAACCAAGGAACAACACGUGGCUGAAGUCUCCGACCUGAACAGGACAAUUCAGGGUCUCCAGUCAACAAUUAACACCGCUAAACAAGAACAUGUGUCAGAAGUUACUAAGCUUGAAUCUGCCAACCAAACUCUUCGCUCAGAAUUCGAUACAUUGAAGGAACAGUCUACGCAGGACAUUGAGGCUGUGCGGGAUGACUACUCUUCGAGAUGUUCCGCAUUAGAAUCAAGGGCAGAGCAAGCCGAAAAGGAGGUCGCAAGACUCGAAGCAGAGGUGCGCAAGUCUGCGCAGGCAUUCGAAGACGCCCAGAAAGCCCUAGUAAAGGCGAAGGAGGACGCUAAAGAGAAAGAAGAAGGGCGUAAGGCAGCACAAGCUGAACUGGAGGAUCUACUGAUUGUAUUUGGUGACCUUGAGACUAAACGGAAUGAGGAUAAGAAACGCCUGAAGGACUUAGGACAAGAAGUAUCUGAAGAUGAGGAAGGCGACGAGGAAGACGAGGAAGAGGAAGAGGAAGAGUAGGUUAUAAAUACUAGAAACAUAAGGGCAACAAAGCCCAAGAGCAUCUAUACCACUGUUGUUCAUUUCCCCCGCAACUUUUAU